AUGGAGAAUGAUCCUAAUAAUUCUUCCAACUCUGAAAAAUUCCAAAUAACAUGGAGCUCCGAUGAAUUAUUAGGCAUAAGCCAAGUUAAGUUUUAUAGAUGUAGCUUUUGUGACAGAGGUUUCUCCAAUGCACAAGCUCUAGGUGGACACAUGAAUAUCCAUAGAAAAGAUAGAGCCAAGCUUAGAGAAAUUUCGAUAGAAAAUUCAAAUAUCAAGAAGCCUGUCAGUCCUUCUCCUGAUGUUCCGGCACCUUUAGGUGAUGACUUAUUGCAACAAGAAGUAUCUAGCGAUGACACGAGUAGCCCCUCAAAAAGGCCAUGUGUCACACCUGAAGAAGAACGUGAUCAUCAUCAUCAUCAUCAUCCUAGUUCGAAAGCAAAAGAAAUUGACAAUCAUGAUCAUCAUCCUAUUUCCAAAGCAAAAGAUGAUAAUCAUGAAGUGAUCAUUGGAGGUGAUAUUUUACAAUUACCCUUGUUUGUGGACUCUCCAUUCUCUCCAUCAAAAGAAGUAAUCAAUUGUGAGGAAAAACAAGAAGGAAAUGAGGGCAUGCAAUUGAGUGUUGAGUCAGAAUUGGACCUUGAGCUUCGGUUAGGGCCGGAACCUCCAAAUCCUCAAUAA